GUGCUGAGAGACGCUGCGUGCCACGAGCGGAGCGGCUCUCACAUUACGCACGACGUUAGGAGUUCCCUCGCUUCCCUCCACCGUGAAAACGCCCCUCGACCGUCCUCCCUAGCCCUUCCCGACUGCUAGCCAUCCCUGCCGGCUUGUGCCUGUCUUGCCGUCCCAGCCUGCAGGCUUUUCCAUCUCCCCGUGGCGCACAGAGAGACGGCGGGGGAGAGAAAGGAGGAAAAGGCGCUCCGGGGCGGUGGCGGCGUCCGUCUUCCAGAUUUCCUGCGAUCUCAAUGAGCAGAAUCUGGACUGAAGCCUGACACCGGGAAACCUGACAGGACAGGACCGUAAUCCAUUUCUAUGACAACGGAGAAGGGCUUGGCUGGGGAAAUGAAGACCGCGAUGGAGGGAGAUGCCAGGAGAACCAAUCAGGUUCCAGAGGACCAUGGGGAUAUGGAUGAUAGCUCAGAGAAGACCCCCAGCAAAGCCUCCAAAUCCCCACAGAAAAGCACCAAGCGGCCCAAAACCGUCCCUGUCAAAGUCACUCUACUGGAUGGCUCCGACUAUGAGACCGCAGUCGAGAAAUUUGCCAAGGGCCAGACCCUGCUGGACAUGGUGUGUGGCCAUCUGAACCUGCUGGAGAGGGACUACUUUGGCCUGACUUUCCAGGACACGGAUAACGCCAAGAACUGGUUGGAUCCCUCCAAAGAGAUUAAGAAGCAAAUUCGUGUUGGCUCCUGGAUAUUGGGUUUUUCUGUCAAGUUCUACCCUCCAGAUCCAUCUGUGCUCAUUGAAGACAUUACCAGGUACUACUUGUGCCUGCAGCUGAGGGACGACAUCCUGUCCGGUCGCCUCCCUUGCUCGUUUGUCACCCACGCCCUGCUGGGCUCCUACACUGUCCAGGCUGAACUAGGAGACUAUGAGCCUGAAGAACACGGUCCAGACUACGUCAGCGAUUUCCACUUUGCCCCCAACCAGACACGAGAGCUGGAGGAGAGAGUGAUGGAGCUGCACCGUAAUUACAGGGGGAUGACUCCAGCAGAAGCAGAGGUGAACUUUCUAGAAAAUGCCAAGAAGCUUUCGAUGUAUGGAGUGGACCUGCAUCACGCCAAGGAUUCUGAGGGAAUCGACAUAAUGCUUGGUGUAAGUGCCAAUGGUCUGCUCAUCUACCGAGACCGGCUUAGGAUCAAUCGGUUCGCCUGGCCAAAAAUCCUCAAGAUCUCCUACAAAAGAAGCAACUUCUACAUCAAGAUCCGCCCUGGAGAGUAUGAACAGUUUGAGAGCACCAUAGGCUUCAAGCUGCCCAACCACAGGGCCUCGAAGCGAUUGUGGAAGGUCUGCAUUGAGCACCACACCUUCUUCAGGUUGGUUUCUCCAGAGCCACCUCCAAAGGGCUUCCUGGUGAUCGGCUCCAAGUUCCGAUACAGCGGUCGGACCCAAGCCCAGACCAGGCAGGCCAGUGCUCUGAUUGACCGGCCAGCCCCACAGUUUGAUCGGUCCGUUAGCAAGCGGUACAUGCUACCCCGAAGCAUUGAUGGAGCCUCAGCUCUCGGUGACAGUAUGGACCAACUGUCCCAGCGAAGCUCCAGUGAACGCACACAGUUCAUGUCCAGAGAAGACCUGGACCAAGAGGGCAGCCUGGACCUGGACCACGACCACUAUCACUACCAGGACCAAGACCAGGACCAGUACACAGAUCAGGAAUUAGACAAUGAAGAUCAACAGCAAAUGAUGGGUGCCAACAUCUCAACGCCUUCCAAGACUUUGGAGCUCAAGGAUGAGGAAGCAGGUUCGCCUGUAGACUCAAAGCCAGAGGAUCUGGUCACCCUUCGGCCCAAACAGGAGCAGUUCUUGGAUAAGCCAGAAGACGUUCUCCAGAAGCACCAGGCCAGCAUCAAUGAGCUGAAGAGGGCUCUGAGGCAGCCCAACAGCAAGAUGGCGCAGAGAGAGAAACGCCUGUCCUCGGCUACUCCUCCCGAAAGAACUCCUGAACGGAAAUCAGCAACCAGUGAUGCCAAAUUGAUUGACAAGCAGGAUGCUUAUGAAGGAACACUGGAUACUUACUCUAAAGCGGAAAAGAGUAGAGACAUAUUUGCAAUGGCAACUUGGACUGAAGCGAAUAUGAACAAUUGCCAAACACCGUGGGACUCCUCGAGAACUAGAAUUGGAACGUCUCCAAAACAGGAAACAGACUUUGUAUCAGUGGGACUGGGGGAUAUGAAUUCUGUGGAUGAUACAGUAGCAACUAAUAGCCAACACGAUUCCGUAUUAGCGAGGAAUGCCAUUCAAGAAAAUGGAUAUGGUUCCCCACCUGACAAACAGACGAGUGAAAUGAGCAAAAAUGUGAAGCAUUGUCAGUAUGAGCAUCGAGAGAGGCCCAAGAACUUUGAAACUCCAGUGGAUUCUUUCCCGAAGGGCAACAGGGCGGCAUUCGAGAGUGGUGUGGGACAUUGCGAGGCUCGGAAAAUAAAAGACCCGAGUCCUGUGGGAGAGAAAGAUUGCAACAAAACUGGGAACUCGCACUCAGAAGUCACCAAAAUAGUUCCUCUCAAGCCACAGAGAUCAAAGAAGUCUUUGAAUAAGGAGAACAAAGAUGCUAUAAACCCUCAAACUCAAAGCCGGUCUGACAGAGGCGUCUUUGGUGCGGCUGGGGAUGUACAGCCGACAAAAUCAGAAGACAGAUCCUGCGAGUUAGGAAGGAGACUGGAUGAUAAUACUGUACAGCAAUCCGCCACAGAUACUGUCAAGGAAAGUACAGCGGCCACCAGACACCACAGCGAUUCUGCAGUGUUGUAUCAGCAGCAACUCCAGCAACAGAUUAGGAGUGACUUGUUUGGACAAUACGAGCUCAGAGACUGCAGAGACACAGCAGGACAAGGCCCGGGGAUUAGAGGAGGCGUUCUACAUGAAGAUCAUUUUCAAAACAUCUCAGACUUUAGCUCGAGAUUCCCGACAGCUCCCCCUCGCACCCUUCCUCUGAAAACACAAUGGUCGCGAGACAGACAGAGCAACAUGGACAACAGUCACAUCCACUACAGGACGCCCAGCCAAGAAACAGCCAAGAGGAAGCAAGCGGAGACACCUCCCACACCUGCUAUUCACGAGGAGCCUCUCAACGAAGCCUCAAGGGAACCAUGGGAGAGACGUCUGGGCUCCGUGUCAGAGGACGACCAGGACCAUGAGAUCCUGUACCUGAAGGAGACCCACCUGGGCAUCGAACGCAAAUGUUCCAGCAUCACGGUCAGUUCCACGUCCAGCCUGGAGGCCGAAGUGGAUUUCACCGUCCUCACCGACCUGCACACGGGGAUGGAGGAGUUCUCCAGGGGAAUGUCCGAGCUGGGAGAGCGGGAUCUGUCACCCGACGGGGGUCUCUGCUUCGGCAUAGACUUGCUCCAGCAGCAGGGUCCCUCCGAACCACCUCCUCCUCCCCUGGUGUCGGUCCCUCUGUCCAGAGGAGCCAGCAGCAGCCCUCCAGCCAAACACAUCCAGGCUGAAGAGGUCCGACCAGAAGUCAAACGGCCAGAUUCUCAGCCCGUAGUUCCCAAAAAACCAAAGAGGUCGGUGCCGGUGUCGUCGUCGGUGGACAGAGAUCAGUCACACAGGGAGGCCGGUCGAGUUUCUGCUGUAGCGCCGCUGAGCAGGGAGGCCAGCGACGUCAUGCCCACACCGACGGUGAGGAAGACGGACGUCAGGACGGAGACGCAGCCCAACGGCUCAGAGGUCACCACCACCAUCGUGGAGUUCACAGAUCAGGAUCACGGACUCACUGGCCUGAGUGAAGUUUCCUACACUACGAGACAGAUCGUUUCCCCCGUGCACAAGGGCAGUCUGGGAAGAGAGGCGUCAGGGUCACCCAUCCUUGUUACUGAAAAUGUUACCUCAGCAACCACUCAUGUGACAAAGACGGUGAAAGGAGGAUAUUCAGAGACUAGGAUCGAGAAGAGAAUCAUCAUCACAGGAGAUGAUGAUGUAGACCAGGAACAGGCUCUGGCUAUUGCAAUACAGGAAGCCAAGCAGCAGCAUCCGGACAUGCAGGUGACAAAGGCUGUGGUUGUCAGGGAAACAGAAUCAUCCACUGAGGAUCGACAAGGCGCAUCAGAGUCCUGAUUUCCUGAGACGAGAGUGCCCCCCUUUGGACCAGAAGCGUCAGUGCCCGACCUGAAAUUGCCGCCCACCAUCCCGACUGAUAGACUACUGCCAGUGGCGCUCUGAUGGAGCCUCUUGUACACUCACUAAGCUCAAACGGGACUCCUUACCAAUGUUUUUGUUUUUAUUUUUAUUCAAGCGUUGAAAUCAUUGAUGUUCAGUGAAAAAAACAACAACAACAAAAAAACCCGGCAAACCUCACUCAUGGUCAUUUACAGGUCAGUAAUAUUCCAACACAACUCCAAAAACAUCUGGCACAAUUAAACACAUAAUCCAACUAAAUUCCCUGCAAACCUCUCAGGGACUCAAAACACUUGCUUAAGUAUUCCUAAAAGGUCAAAGGGAAUUAGAAACGGUUUAGGAAAUCCCUGCACCCAUUCAGUGUGGAACAACCCGAGGUCGUGUGGCAUGUUGGUUCCCGUGCAGAAAGAGCCAUCUGGGAACAUAGGAAACAUGAGAGUCUUCACAAGAAACUGCCUGAUUCCUGCUGUAUGUGCUGAAAAAAGAAAAACUACUGAAAAACUUACUGUGUGUGUUUACACUUUAUUAUUAACAAGUCAAACUAUCCAUUACAUGUUACUCCAGUACUGUUAAAGCAGGGUUUUAGCGAGGGCAAAAGAAGAAGAAGUAGUCCUCUGUUUAGUUUUCAUUCCUGCAUGGCCAGUCGAUUGAACAAAUGAGCUGUGUUCCAUCCCAUCACGCUGAGCGAUGAGGAAGCACCGAUUAGAAAGGAUCAUGGUCCCCCUGAGGUGCGUUCAGGUGUUCUGCCAGGACCAAAGUUAGCGAGUCGGAUCACUAUGCUUCCAUCUCCCUGUGUCACCCUUAAUGUUUUACUUUCCGUGUGUCGCCCUGAUGUGUGGGUGGCGAGGAUGCAAGGAUGUGCAUAUAUGUGUCGUCAUUAGCAGCUGUUCAUACACGGUGUACCUGUUGUAUUUAUUCAAACGGUGGCAGUGCAAUUUCUGAGCAUGUCGGUGUUUCAGAAUGAGCCCAGUUUCUCUCCUCUUCUCCCAGCCUUUUAGAUACGCUUUGAGAUAGAAUAUAAGAGCACUUUGGCCACUUUGUGUAGUAAUUCCAUAGAGGUAGGCUCACACCCUUGUUCCAGUGACAGAACGGGCUGCUGCAUCGGUAAAAGUAGUGCUUGAGAUAGUGUUUGUAUGAUGAUUUCCUGCAUUAUUGGAUCGUAAUUGAGUGCGAUGGAUAUUAACUCAUAAAUAAGAGCGACGGAUCGUAAUAUCCAGGGUCGCGAUAGGAACACAAAGACAUAAAAAGGCUGAAUUAUUCACAAUCUGAAGUCUAAUGCGGAAAAGAGGAAAUUAAGUUUCCUGAGGGUAAAUGAAGAGCAUUCAUCAGAAAAAGUGGGAAAUAUCAAGCGCACAAUGCGUUCAGUUUCCUCGAUCCAACACCUAAUGACAGCAGGUUGGCUGGAGUUUCAUCUCAUUUACAGCCGCUGCUGCUGCUCCAUGCAUCCCAACGCAUCAGUUUGCUUUUCAUUUCAUUUGCCGGUGAAGAAGCAGCCUCGUUGUGGUGACUGAUGGCUUUCCACUGCAGUUCAUUUUGCCGCAAAUUUCCUUUUUCGAGCCACCCUGCUGAAAUAGUUUUAUGCACCAGAGCUGUUUCCGAUACUCUUUUCAUGUAAAGUACAGUGUUCUAAAUGAAUAAAAUAUACAGUAGGAGAAGCAUCUUUGAACUUUUAGCUGUGUGUGACUUGGUACAUGAAUGUUAGAGGGAUGCCAUAGACGUGUGAUGUGCCAAUUAAGGUAGCGGUCGAAUUGUACAAACGCUGGUUUUGUAUGAAAUAACUUUAUAUGAACAAGCUACUUUUAAUUACAAAAGUGCCAGAAAGUCAAAUGCAUAAACUCGGCAUGGCGACGUUUCCCUUUAACUGUGGUCUCUUUAGCGUCUGAAGGAAGAGAAAAAAACAAAAAAAAAUAAAACAGUACAAUUUUGUUCUUUGCAAAAGUCUUAUUUUAUACAUUAAUUAUCAAUACAUGCAGCAGAAAAUUCACUCUACUGAUAAAAACGUCAAAAAGUGUCCUGUCAGGGUUCUAAGGGUAUCACUGAGGUAUGACUUUGGCUUUCAGACACCAAAAUUUGCAGUCUCACAGUGUGUUCACAUGUGUAGUGUAACUCCUGUUGUGUUUCACAUUUUGGUUCCAAAUCCUUUUCAAGUGAUGGUUAGUGAUGGAUGUCAAACUGGAAGGUGGAAAAAAUACUAUUAAUGCAGCCGUGCAUACCUUGUACUGUAUAUUUGGUGCUGUUUGGUAGAUUGUGUAAAGUAGUUUAAAAGGCCACAGGCUUGAGACACACUAAGGAGACGUCGGUUACCUGAAAAGAAGCUUUGCAGCAGCAUCAAGCGGCUCAAGUCUUUCUCGCCAAAUUAUCCAAAUUGUCCUCGGAUCAGCAGUAAGGUCGAACUCACCUCCGCCUGUCCGGAAAAGGCCUGAUCACUGAACGAGUAAUUAUCAGACUGUGAUUAAUCGCAGAUGCUUGGCUGUUGCUGAGGAACCUGGUGCCGAAGUCUGAUUGGACGACCUCUGGCUCACCUUUAAACCUAAGCCCUGAGCUGCUCCUCCUCCUCCUCCUCCUCCUCCUCCUCCUCCUCCUAAGCUUCAUCUCUUCUGCUCUGCUGCUCUCCAUUGCUUGAUGCUGUGUCUUUUGCUGUACAUUGUACUUGCAUUUCCUUCAAAAAUGAAUAAAGAAGAGAGGAAAAAAGA